GUGCCUUCUGGGCCAGGUCCGUCCUAUAAGUUUACUGUUGUUGAGACCUGUGAGCGCAUUAAAGAUGAAUUUAACUACGUCCAGCAACAAUGUCAUCAACUUCAAACUGAGCGUGAGAAACUUCUCAGUGAACGCGUUGAUAUGCAACGCAUUUGUGUUGUUUAUUAUGAAAUGGCUAAUGGGCUCAACCUAGAGAUGCACCGUCAAAUGGAGAUUGCAAAACGCCUCAACGCUAUUUUGACGCAAGUUAUCCCCUUUCUUGCUCAAGAGCACCAAUCCCAGGUUGCAUCAGCGAUCGAGCGAGCGAAGCAGGUGACAAUGCAAGAAUUAAACUCUGUUCUCGCGGCACAGAUGGAAGACUCAAAGUUAUCCAAAUUUGCCAAUGGUGGGAGCAUGGGGUUAUCUAAUGACCAGCUGGAAAUUUAUAAGCAAAUUCAAGCUCAUCAAAUGUCGUCUACUGGAAGUCCAGCAACAUCACUUCCUGGUGGUUCGUCUAGCAACCAAACGGGCUCUCAUGGAUCUAAUAUCGGCAACACCCCAGUAUCAAGUGCUACAUUUCCUGGAUCUAAUCCAAACAUGAUCCCGUCCAAUCCAUCGUCUUUGCCAGCAGCUUUUCUUAAUGGAUUAAUGUCGGCUGCAGGUGGUGUUAUGAUGCCUCCCCCUGGAUCAACUGGUAUUCCUCUUAGUGGUGGAACUGGACGAGAAAUUAAGGAUUAUUCAUCUGAUGAUAAACAGCGAGUAGCAGCUGCUGCUGCAGCAGCAGCUACCUCACUACUCUAUCCGAGCGGCGGACGUGUUGGUGUUGGCACGGGCCAACCCAACUUGCCUACCUCACCGUUUUUAUCUGCUGGACCUGCUGCCGUAGCUGCAGCCGCGGCAUCCUUCCCUGAGAGUUUUUUCAGCGGGAGUGGACUUGCCUCAACCUCGCCUGGUGUAACAGUUCCCUCAGUCACGAACAUCCCUGGCCGAACAUCGUCAGCUGGAGGAAUUAGACACAACAGCGGACACUCGACUAGCGGUGGUACCGGAUCUUCAUCGCUUCUUCCUCCGCCUCCCCCACCGACACCUGGCAAUACAUCGGCUACUAGUCCACAGGAUGAAAAAAGGCGCAAGCUUAAUGACACAAAAAUGGAAUGUUUGGGCCGUGAGAACGGAGGAUGGCGCAGUGCUGAUGAUAUGGAUAAAUCGGGCACUAUAUCGAAUGCUGCGACAGUGACCACAAAUCGUCGUGCCGGCAGGCAACCACUAAAUCUUAGUCCACAACUGGCCAAUUCAAUGGGUAGCAGCUAUCCGACCACAAAUAGUGCUCCUGCUGUCGGAACUGCACUUAACCGACCUCCCCAAAGUGAAAGCCGUUCGAGGUACGGCGGAAAAAGCAGCCUGUCAUCAUCAGGUCCGGGUGCUUACUCGUAUGUCGUCUUACCGGGUGGUUCGGGCACGCGCCCCUGUGCUCUGGCGUCAGCGCCAGAAGCUACCACGAAUCCGAGUCUGCCUCGGCGUCUACAGCACCUAGCUAGUCUCCCGCACGGUGAAGUCGUCUGUGCUGUGACCAUCGGCCCGUCACCAACUGGACGAAGCACCACCAGCAGCAGAAAUGCCUCACCUUCGCCCGCUGCUGCUUCACCCUCUCUCAAGUACGAGAGUGGUGUCGAUGUGGAGGGCACUGUGGCAUCCCCUUCCGCACGGAUUCCACACUUUGCUUACACCGGUGGACGGGGUUGUGUCAAACUUUGGGACUUAGACGUGAUUGCUGGCUCCUCUUCCAGAGAUGUUGUUGCACUUGCUUCUUUCGAUUGUCUUCGACCUGACAGCUAUGUUCGAUCAAUUAAGCUCUUCCCUGAUGCCUCGGGUCUUGUGAUUGGUGGAGAAUCAAGUGCUCUUACGAUUUGGGAUCUGAACGGUCCCGGUCGACGGAAAGCUGACCUCAAUUUUGACGCUCCCGCUUGCUACGCUCUUGCUCUUUCCCCUGACUGCAAACUUUGUUACAGUUGCUGUUCUGACGGUCACGUGGCGGUGUGGGAUAUCCAUAAUCAAAGCGUUGUCCAACAAUUUCAUGCUCAUGGAGAUGGAGCUUCUUGUAUUGAAUUGGCAUCACAAGGGACUAGACUGUGGACUGGUGGGCUCGAUAACAAAGUUCGCUGCUGGGACAUUCGUGGUUCCUCCUCUCACCGACUUCACCACAUUGAAUUUAAGUCGCAAGUUUUUUCCCUGGGUCUUUCGCCAAUUUGCGGCCUUCGAGGACGCCGUCCUAGUUUUGCUGUGGCCCCAUCUCCCGCUGCUUUAGAGGACACAGCCAACGGCUCCUCUGACGCCCUCUUCUACGGGACCCAGUGGAUAGCCGUCGGCCUCGAGUCCUCCGAGGUCGAAGUGGUUGCUAUUGGUUCCGACGGCCCUCCUCCCCUUAUAACUGCGGGCAACCCUCCUUUAAAACCCUCUUCAAGCCCGCAGGCCUCCAGUCCCCAGGGCUCGUCGUCGAUAGCGGUCCAGGACCAACAUUUCCGGUUGACGCAUCAUGAGAGCUGCGUCCUGGCCUUGAGGUUCGCGCAUCAUGCUGAUUGGUUCAUUACAACUGGAAAGGACCACCAAGUGAACGCCUGGAGAACGCCUUACGGAGCUUGCCUGCUUGAGACAAAAGAAGCGGCCUCAGUGCUGACUUGCGACAUCUCGCCGGACGAUAAAUUUGUGGUCACAGGCUCAGGUGAUAAACGUGCGAACCUCUACGAAGUCAUCUACGGCGCGGGCUCGGUUGCUUCAUCUGCCUCUAAUGUCUCAUCUCAUUAG